GAAGGCGCACAAAGUGUCGCUUCUGAUGACGCAACAUGUUUGUCUCCACGUAGCUUACAUGAGCAAAAAUGGCGGAAGUGAAUGAAUCUAACAAACCUCUGUUUGCAGGGCUUUCAGAUGUAUCGAUCUCAGAAGACAUUCCUGUGGAGGGAGAGAUCACAGUUCCAGUUGGCUCCCCAAUACAAGAUGAUGAGUACUCCACACUUGAUGAGCCUGUUAAAGAAACCAUUAUGAGAGAUUUGAAGGCAGUUGGGAAGAAGUUUGUUCAUGUGUUGUAUCCUAAAAAAAGCUCUGCAUUACUUAGAGACUGGGAUUUAUGGGGUCCUUUGCUGCUGUGCGUCACACUUGCUCUUAUGUUGCAGGGAGGGUCUGCAGACAGUAAAGAUGAUGGAGGGCCCCAGUUUGCAGAAGUGUUUGUCAUCAUCUGGUUUGGAUCUGUUAUUAUUACACUAAAUUCUAAGCUACUAGGAGGUACCAUUUCCUUCUUCCAGAGUUUGUGUGUGCUUGGGUAUUGUAUUAUGCCUCUGACGGUUGCCAUGAUUGUCUGCAGGCUGGUGUUACUUGGGAAUUCUGGCAACAUUGGUUUUAUAGUUCGGUUCAUAGUAGUCUUUGCUUCAUUUGGCUGGUCAACAUUUGCAUCUACAGCCUUCCUGGCUGACAGCCAGCCUCCAAAUCGCAAAGCUCUUGUGGUGUACCCUGUGUUUCUGUUUUACUUUGUCAUCAGCUGGAUGAUUCUCACUUUUUCACCGUCGUAGCAGUGGACCAAAUAUCACAGGACCCUGAAUUUUUCCUGCAAGAGUAGCAGAUCUUUUUUUCUCAUGUAUUUGGGAAUUAAAGAGGAGUAUAUAUCAAGCAUCCUCCUUAUUCCCCUCUCAUGAAAGCUGGAUGCUAGAUACAAACUGACCUGCAUGUGCCGAGUAUCUAAUGGACAAAGAGGUGGUUGUGGAAUAAGUGUUAUAAUACAUAUAUUGUAUUACAAUACUCUUCUUAACUUCAUUUCAUUUUAAAAAAAAACAUUUUACUGCGUUGCAGUUACACUCAUAGGUGGGAAUCGUGCAGCUUUGCAAAUGCAAAUAGUAUCAUUAUUAUGCAAGAGUCCCAUCUCAUGUGGAUAAUCAUGAGAAGAAAUGGCUUUCUAAGCAAAACAGAAUGGGAGCAAACACGGUAGUGGUACCUGUAAGAGUUGCUAUGCAGUUGUUUAAUCACAAAUGUCCCUGAUUUUGCAUUUUUACACAAAUAAAAUAAAUAAUAUAUUGAUACAUUAUAUGUAUAAAUCUGGUUAAAGAGCAUUCCUAAAAAUGUUCAAGGCAACAGUACUUUCUUGGUUAAUGUUUUCUUCACUGAAUUUCAAAUACCUUCCCUCCAUACUGUGUGUAAAGGUUUGGUGCCUAGAAUAGUCCCUAAGCCUCUUCUAUGCAUUUCCUGGUCUUUAAGUACAAAUGAGCCAUGCCUUGAGUGAUGUCACUGUGCAUUUAAUCCAAUUGCAAAGACUGUAUAGGAUACAUCUGUGUAAACACUGCAGCAAAUGUUUAAUUUGGAAGUAAUUGAAAAGUAUAUUAAACGAGAUGAAUUGCA